GCGGCUUUAGUUGUGUGCAUGUAGGUUAGGGCAUACUAUACACACAGUGUGCGCAGUAGCAAAGCAAACAACAUUUUGGAGUCAGCGUUUUAUUUUUUUUUACUACAUCAGAGUUUUCGGACAAAAAUUCAAAAUGCUUGAUUUGUUCACGAUCUUUAGUAAGGGUGGCAUUGUGCUCUGGUACUUUCAGAGCACAGCCCAGAUCUUUACACCAAGCGUGAACGCCCUCAUCAAGAGUGUCAUCCUCCAGGAAAGAACUGGAAAUCAAUCAUUUGAGCAUGAAAACCUGCGCCUGCAGUACAAGCUUGACAAUGAAUUUGAUUUGGUUUUUGUGGUGGCAUAUCAAAAAAUAUUACAGUUAUCAUAUGUGGAUAAGUUUUUAAACGAUAUCCAUCUGGAAUUUAGAGAUCGGUUCAAAAACGACUUGCAGAAAUCCAGUUGGUUCUCCAAUUACGAAUUUUCCAAGCCUUAUCAACGUACUUUGACUUUGGCUGAGCAAUGGGGAAAGUCUCAAGCCAAGAUUCCUAAACAAAUGAGAACUUUCGAUGAAAGUUUCAAGUCCAAAAAGACUGUAGCUAGUAUGAUAGAGAGAAAAGAUGAUAAUAAAGAUAGUAAAAAACAAAACAAAAAGAAAAAAGGGACCAAUGUGGCUGACGAAGGUCAACCAAAAACUCAAGAAGUGCCUAAAGUACCAGACUCCCCUAAAGCAGCACCUUUUCUCAAUGGUGAAUUGAAUGAGGACACAAUGUUGGCCAAUCGUAUGAAACUUGUUCAAAAAAUGGCAACUGGACCAAAAAAGAAGGCCGAUAAGCAAAAGAGUCCUAAGCCUGAGAAAGUUGGAAAGAAACCUAGAGUAUGGGAACUAAGUGGAACUAACAAGGAUGUCGCAAACUUGGAGCGUACUAAGGAUAAGCCAGAAGAGAGUAGAGAGUAUGUCGCUGCUGAUACAACUAUCAUAGGUCAGAUGAAGGGUGGUAUUCGUGACUUGGAAGUCGAGAGCGAUUCCGAGGAGGAUGAAGAAUCCGACGAGCCCGAGGUCCAGCAGUACAAGCCCCAAACUCCCAAAAAAUCUGGCGGCGUGUUUUCUAUGUUCAAGAGCCUCGUGGGUAACAAGUCCCUCAAGGAAGAGGACAUGCAGCCUGUGCUCGAAAAAUUGAAGGACCACCUGAUCGCCAAGAACGUAGCCACCGACAUAGCUCAAAAGCUCUGCGACUCCAUUUGCGUGAAGCUAGAGGGCAAGGUCCUCGGCACGUUCGAAAGUGUCUCCAGUACCGUUAAGGCCACCCUCACCGACGCUCUCGUCCAGAUUCUCUCGCCCAAACGGCGCGUCGAUAUUCUUCGCGACGCCAUCGAGGCUAAGAAACAGAAGAAACCUUACGUCAUGGCAUUCUGUGGAGUCAACGGUGUCGGAAAGUCCACCAAUUUGGCCAAGAUUUGUUUCUGGCUGAUAGAAAACAAUUUUAGAGUACUCAUUGCUGCUUGCGAUACCUUCAGGGCCGGUGCUGUUGAACAGCUCAGGACCCAUAUGCGUCAUCUCAACGCCCUUCAUCCUCCAGAAAAGCACAGCAACCUCACCAUGGUGCAGCUCUACGAAAAAGGUUACGGCAAGGAUGCGGCAGGCAUUGCGAUGGAGGCCAUAAAUUACGCGCGAGACGCUCACUUUGACAUCGUCCUCAUCGAUACGGCGGGCCGUAUGCAGGACAAUGAGCCGCUCAUGCGCGCCCUCGCCAAGCUCAUCAAGGUCAACGAGCCCGAUCUCGUACUCUUUGUUGGCGAGGCUCUGGUUGGUAACGAGGCUGUUGAUCAGCUCGUCAAGUUCAAUCAGGCUCUCGCCGAUUACAGUAGCUCUACCAAUCCUCACAUUAUUGACGGCAUAGUACUCACCAAGUUUGACACCAUCGAUGAUAAGGUCGGAGCUGCUAUUUCGAUGACGUACAUCACAGGCCAGCCGAUUGUCUUUGUCGGCACUGGCCAGACUUACACGGACCUCAAAUCCCUGAACGCCAAGGCUGUGGUGCACGCCCUCAUGAAAUGAGUGUUACCUGAUUUAUUAAAAAUAAUAUGUUUAGCGUGAAUUAUUACUAUAUAAUUAUAUAUGUAUGUUGAAAGAUUUUAUUGUCAUAUUAUAUAUAUAUAUUUAUAACUAUUACCGUCAGCUCGGCAAUUGUCUUCUUUGUUGACUGAAUUGUUUGUUCAACAAUUGUUUUUGUACGCAUAUCUUGUAUUAAUUAGAAUAUAAAGAGAAACCUGCAAAGUGUU